GAUUUGAUUUAUAUCCACUAGACCACAAUACCCCUUUCCGUCCUCUUUUUCUUUUUUUUUGCCUUUUGUGUUUUCUACCCCUACCAUUUUGCCUCUCUUAAGAGUGAGAUAAUAAAGCAAAAGUAGCAAUAGUGCUAGUAAUACUACUAUAGUAGCAUCAUAAAAAAGCAUACUAAACUAGUUUAUAAGUAAGUCUCAAGAACCCUCAUUUCUUUUUUAUGUACCCUCUUUCAUUUUAGCUCUUUCAAGCCAAACACUCACACAAGAAAGAAAAAAGAACAUGGAAGAUCAAUGCAGCCCUCUUAGCUGGCCUUAUAACUACUUCCUAGAAGAGGGGAUAGAGGAAUUGAAGCAUUCUUUGGUGUACACAACAUUGGAGUUGGAAAACACUGUUAUCUCUGCCCAUGAGGAACUUGCAAGAAAAGAUGAGGAGAUUUUGCAACUUAAGGAUCUUUUGACUAGAAUUAUGAAAGAAAGAGAUGAAGCACAAGGCAAAUGCCAAAGGCUUGGAAUGGAGAAAGUCUUACUCCAACAACAACGACAACAACAAGUGCAAUUACAAUUCCAAUUUCAGAAGCAGAACCAAAAUGUUGUUAUAGAAAGUGCACCUAUUUCUAGUGGCACAACAAUUAGUCAGGAUAAUCAAGAACAUGACCAAAUUGUAAAAGGAGUAGUUGACUCUUACCACAACAACAACAACAUAGGAGUACUUUCUAAUUCUUCAGAUUGUGAUGAAAACAAUGUUGUUUCCCCUCCAUUAUUAGUCCCAGAUUUAAUGGAAAAAGUUGUUGUCAAGAAGCCAUUGCCAGAGAAAGGGAAAUUCUUGCAAGCUGUGAUAGAAGCAGGGCCACUACUUCAAACACUUUUAUUAGCAGGGCCACUUCCUCAGUGGCAACAUCCACCACCACAACUCAACUCAAUCGACAUUCCUCCGGUCACUAUUACCUCGCCUACUCCGCGGUUGCUCAACCAGGACUCCGCCCUGAGUAGUAGCCCUGGUGCCGGGCCAUGUUUUGGGAAGAAAAGGGAUGUUGAUACUACUACUUCUCCACAGUCUAUUUCCAAGUAUCAAAAAGUUGUUCACCAGCCAGCAUUGACCAACAUGUAGUGCUUUUCUUUAUUUUCCCACCUCUAUAAUUAGCUCACUUUAGCUAGUCUUUUUUUAACCAUUUCUCGUCUGAAAUUCACUAGCCUGACUAAUUUG